AUGACAGAGGGCAUCGGCGUGAUGUCAACAAGCUUCAGUGAAGGUCCUGUAUUCGAGGACAACGAUUCGGUGUUCAGCGACUUGCCCACUCCCAGUGAUAUGAAUAGUAGCCCAGAGAUUCCCAAGCGUAGUUCCAAACACCAACGGAAAACCAGCACGGGAUCGUCAGUCUGGAACAACGUGAUCGUGGCAACACCUCGAACAAUAAUGGAUGAGUGUCGCAAUGAUGUUCUCUUUUCGCCCGAGGUGGAAGAGGAAGAAGAUGUUGAUCAAAAUGAACUGUUCGAAAACGAAUUACGAGCUUCUGUUCUUAGCACUAAAAUUACUGUCAACGCUUCCGAUGCUGAUUUGAAAGAUACAUCUGCACCACCAUUGGCCUUCUUCCACACCGAUAGCCUACACAAGCAUCGUUCUGUCGACAGUGAGAAGCGCGACAGCUAUAUCCCAUCGGCACUCUUUACAGAUUCAAAGAAACCGGAUGUGAAGACGACUGCUGCAAAGUCUCAUCAGAGAAAGAAAUCAGUGGACGAUUCCAUUCUCGAUAAGGUCAUUACUGUGGCCAAAGAGAGCGAAGACGCUGACGAGGAAGAAGAUGAUUCUCUCUUUGAUACUGUCUCACAAUUGACGAAGGAUCAACAAUUUGAGAUUGAGAGCACAAUCAGAGUGCUGAUUGAAAACUCAGGAGUUGUUUUUGAUUCGGCAGUCAAGAACAUCAUGGAGAACACCAACUUCGCAGCGGAAAAGAUUGAGGAAACUGAUUGUAAUUUUCUCACGCCGCUUGGCGAUAUUACCGCUUGCGGCGACAUGACUCAAAAAUUCUGGAACAAAGAUGAAGAGGAGCCCGCUGCACCAAACGACAAGACAUUCAUCGAUUUUGGUAGUCUUGAUGGAACCGACGACGAAAAGAACACAGUACCAGGAAAGCCUCACGCCCAUGACUCUCCGGACGAGACUCAAGAAAUUCUUAAAUCACUCGAUGGUAAUCAGGUGGAAGACUCCGAUGAAAAGCUCGAUGAUGAGACCAGUGAAGGCUCCGGGGGCGACGACGCCGACGACGAUGCCUCACAACAUGUUAUUGCAUGCAAAAUAUCCAAAGAUGAAAUAAAAUCUUUGGGCAUGAGGUUGGUCAAAUCUGACAAUGGAAUCCUCAUCUCGAGAAUAGAUCCCGAGAGUGACCUUGCAGCAUCCGGUUUGAAGCCUGGUAUGACGCUACUUACGGUCAACGGGAACCUCUGUCCAAAUACUGUACCAGACACUGUCUUGAUGAUCAAAAGUACUUCUGGGGACGUAGAAGUAACAGCUGUCUUCAGGGGAGCCAAGUUGACCAUUUCACCCGCAGCUCCACAUCGCGGAGUUGCUGUGCCCUUCAUUCGACCUAUUGAAGAAGUUAUCGAUGUUGACGAAGAAAAUGUUACAUCCCCGGAGCAUUCUAGUGGAUUUGCAAGUUUCUUUCGACGCUUAUUUUGUGGAUUGGGUUCCACUGAUAGCAUGAACAAAGAAGCUGUUCUUGAAACAGAAAAACGUGAAAUUGAAGAAAAAUCAAUUUCGGGAACUACAGAAACCGUCUCCGCAUCCUCGCCAGAACCAGAGAAGCCGGUGCGCACCCUCACAUUCCGAGUACAGCGGCUUUCGUGGGAAGAUCCAAUUGGUGUCAAGCUCAAACGUGGCAAGGGAGGGAUUGUUGUUGCCGAAAUUACGAAGAAUAGUCCAUUCCGUUUUACCGGGCUGAGGCCUGGAAUGAGAAUACAUGAAAUCAAUGGAAUUGGAUGCCCUGGAUCGUUGAUCGUGGCCGAGAAUUUGCUGAAGGGCAUUGAAAAUGAUGUCGAGCUUGUAGUCACAAGCGAAGAGAAGAAGCCCGAUUUCAGGCCCGUACCCGUAUUGUUUUACAGUGACAUAUGA